GUAGUUAUUUUGAGAGUCAGGACAUCUAGAAUAAUGCAGGAGGUCUUGAAUCAGUUGCAACUGGCAGAGCCAAUGUCUUGGACCGGAAUUUGAUGGUUGAGUUUCUAUCUUCAGGUCCUCUGCUAUCCUUCUGUUGAUGUACCAACGCAAGAGGUGACUUUAUGCUGUUACGUGGUAGGCGUGCGGUCCGUUUCAUUGGUUUUUGACUGUCAGUGCCCUUUUUUUAAGCGGGCAAAAGCGAGCACCAACACUGUAUUCGUCCCAGUUUUGGCAUUUGAUACAGAUACGAACUCGUUUCCUACGUGUUAGCUUGAGCUGGCGUGACUGGCCCAACACGCCAUGAAGUCUGACAGACGGCAACCUUCUUUCCGGCAAGAUUGCCUCCACGGUAAGGUCGCUUUCAUCACUGGAGGUGGCUCAGGCAUCUGUAGAGAAAUCGCCAAACAAUUCUUGCUGCAUGGCGCAUCUGUCGUAAUCGCCUCAAGGAACAAAAAAAAACUCCAGGACGCAGCAAAGCUCCUUAGUUCCGAGACCGGUGGCUGCUGCUUCCCUGUAGCAAUGGAUGUGCGUAGCGAAAAGGAAGUAGCACAGGCAGUAGACGCUGCUAUGGCAAAGUUUGGAAAAGUAGACAUUCUUGUGAACGGUGCCGCAGGGAAUUUUCUGUGCUCCGCUGAAAAACUGACGUACAAAGGGUUUAAGACUGUAAUGGAGAUCGACGCACAUGGCACAUUCAUAGUGUCGAAAACUGUCUUCGAGAAAUGCUUCAAACCUGCAAUACAACGCGCCAAAACUGCUGCAGGCCGAGGAUCAGAAGGAAGACUCGAUAGGAGGAACAGUGGCGACGCGUCCUGCGAAAAAGUAAUUCUGAACAUUUCUAUGACUCUCCAUUAUACAGCGGCGCUACUGCAGACUCACGCUGGGGCAGCCAAAGCAGCGAUCGAUGCCAUGACUAAACACUUAGCGGUGGAAUGGGGGCCGUACAACAUUCGAGUGAACUGCAUUGCGCCUGGGCCUGUAGAAGGCACCGUCGGCUUUAACAAGUUGAAUCCGGUUCCACAGCAAGGAUUCGCAGACACCAGUGGAAAUGGCGCUUGCAAACCCACAGACCCGACAGAGGACUUUGACAACGACGAAGGGUUAUCUUCGAGCGUGGAGCCCAAGAUGCUACAGAAAGAAUCUCAGGCCGACGGGCAAUACAAAGACCUUAAUAUGCUACGACGGUUCAUUCCUCUCCAGAGACUCGGUACUGCGCAGGACAUGGCGUUUGCGGCCAUUUUUCUCUGUCUCCCUGAAGCAAGUUAUAUCACCGGUGCCAAUUUAGUUGUAGACGGCGGUCAGUGGAUGACCAGCGGUAAUUUUACAGUUCUCGAACCGCACCAGAAUGCGACUUGGAGGAAUGCAUUGUACCGGAUUGAAUCAAGACUCUAAUACUAGCCCAGAAAUGGCCAAACGGAACAAGACGACAGAGUCUAUUGGGUGCUCACAACUGCGAUAGAGGGUAGCUGCAUCUAAGCACAGGCGAAUGCCGUUAAAGUAAGGGUACGCAUGGUGUCCUGUUCGGUCACGACUUGCGCUCUGGUUGAAGUCAUGGCGGUUCUCUCCUAGCCUCUUGCCUCCAGUGAAAGGCGAGAACCCGAAAACCUCUGUUUUCGUACCGCCAAUCUUUAAAGGGAGUCAUGUUGUGAUUUGCUACCGUGAGCAAUUGCAUUGUUGUUCAUAUGUCGCAUCCAUUGCACCUCUGCGUUCUUAAAGUGACAACCGUGAGAUGCCUCCGCGUUGUUCCCUACCAUUGUUGGCAAGCUUGGUUGACUCAAACUCGUGCGCAGAAUCACGCUGUCACGGAUAUUGUCAAUUGUUUUGCACCGAAACCUCUUGCCACGGUGAUUUCGAUGUGAUGUGGUUCCGAUCCGCUGAGAUAAAAGACAGCUUGAUAUGUC